AUGGUGCAGCGCCUGACCUACCGGAAGAGGCACAGCUAUGCCACCAAGUCCAACCAGACGCGGGUCGUCAAGACCCCAGGUGGUAAGCUAGUGUACCAGUACACCAAGAAGAGGGCGAGCGGCCCCAAGUGCCCUGUGACCGGGAAGAAGAUCCAGGGGGGGUAUUCGAUAUCUCUGUUUGUAUGGUGGAUGAAUUGGAUUCUUGUGCUUGGGUAUUAUUUAUGUGUGAUUCCCCACCUCAGGCCUACUGAAUACAAAAGAUCAAGGUUGUCUAGGAACCGCAGGACUGUGAACCGUCCCUAUGGUGGAGUGCUCUCUGGAACUGCAGUGAGGGAAAGGAUCAUCCGCGCUUUCUUGGUUGAGGAGCAGAAGAUCGUGAAGAAGGUGUUGAAAAUACAGAAGACCAAGGACAAGACGACCUCAAAGUAA